CACGCACCCCUGCGAGGGCGGCAAAGCCGAGGCGCCGCCGGGCAGCAGCGCACCCCAACGGAAACUGCCGCCCCGCCCCCUGCACUCUGACCGCGCUGCCGCUGCGCUUCCUGUUCCUGACCGCGUGGGCGCGGCGGCAGCAUGGCGGGCGGGGCGGCGGGCGAGGCGCAGUGCCUGGGCUACACCGGGUGCAACUUCCUGCGGCAGCGCCUGGUCCUCUCCACGCUCAGCGGCCGGCCGCUGAAAAUCCACAAGAUCCGCCCCAAGGAGGAGGACCCUGGCCUCCGCGAUUUUGAAGCAAGUUUUAUUCGCCUGAUUGACAAAGUGACCAAUGGCUCUCGGAUUGAAAUUAACCAAACAGGUACCACUUUAUAUUACCAGCCUGGCCUUCUGUAUGGAGGCUCCUUGGAACAUGACUGCAGCCCCAGUCGUAGUAUUGGCUACUAUUUGGAAGGUCUGCUCUGCCUGGCACCUUUCAUGAAACAUCCACUGAAGAUUGUCUUGAGGGGAGUAACAAAUGAUCAAGUAGAUCCUUCGGUUGAUGUCCUUAAGGCAACAUCUCUACCCUUACUUAAGAGGUUUGGAAUUGAUGGUGAAGGUCUGGAAGUCAAGAUCAACCGGAGAGGAAUGCCUCCCAAAGGGGGUGGAGAGAUAUUGUUUGCUUGCCCAGUGAGAAAGGUCUUGCAGCCCAUUCAGUUCACAGACCCUGGCAAAAUCAAGCGCAUCAGAGGAACUGCAUACUCUGUCAGAGUGUCACCACAGAUGGCAAACAGAAUGGUGGAAUCUGCAAGAAGCAUCCUGAAUAAGUUCCUCCCAGACAUUUAUAUCUACACAGAUCAUAUGAAAGGGGUCAGCUCUGGAAAAUCACCAGGUUUCGGCAUGUGCCUUACUGCAGAAACCAUCAAUGGCACGGUUCUCAGUGCUGAGCUAGCCUCAAACCCUCAAGGCCAAGGAGCAGCUGUGCUUCCUGAAGAACUGGGCCAGAACUGUGCUAAGCUGUUGCUUGAAGAGAUCUACAGGGGAGGCUGUGUAGAUUCAACAAAUCAGAGCCUUGCUCUGCUCCUCAUGACCCUUGGACAGCGGGAUGUUUCUAAAGUCCUGCUAGGACCUUUGUCUCCAUACACAAUUGAGUUUCUGCGACACCUAAGAAGCUUCUUCCAGAUCAUGUUUAAAAUUGAAACAAAGGUGCCUGAAGCGGAGCAUAUGGGUGGAGAGAAAGUCUUAAUGACUUGUGUUGGCAUUGGAUUUUCCAAUCUUAGCAAAACCAUCAGAUAAGAAAUACCUGCAGAUUUCAUGAAAUGGCAUGACAGAAAACACUCCCAAGAUCUGAGCAAACAUGCCUUUCCCUGUGUACUUACUCUGACCCAGGAAAAUGACCAACGACUGCAGUGCAGAGGCACCCAAGCUUGCUUCAUGUAAGCAAUAAAGCUGACUUUAGGCUAUUUAGACUGAUGUUGUUUAUAAAUGCAGUAUCACUGUUCUGUGCUGCACGGAAUAGCUAGCUGGAGUCUCAGCAGGCUUGGGACUCUUUGCACAGCAUUACUCCGCGUGGGACACGUGUCACUUAUGUCCCUAUGUCCUCAUGCCUUAGUGCAGUGGGUUCUGUGCUUUGUAUCUACUUCACUCUUACCUUGUUCUGAAAGAUUUAGAUAGACAGGGAAAACAAGACCUCUACAGUGAAAAAUAAACAAUUGCAAUAGAAACUUUUAUAGAUUCUUAAGGUAAUUGCAGAGUCAAUAUUAGCAUGGAAAUAAAAUUAAAGGUGUGACAAUAACUUUUUGUUUAUACAUUGCACAUGUAUGGAAUCUGCCAAAUGCUUUGCUCCUGCUUACAUUGACUAAAUUGCAAUUUUACAGAAAGAAAAAAGUAUCUGUCUUAAUUUUCCUCAAUGACAGAAUGCUGCAGAAAGGUCGCAACUUACACUGACUUGUUUUAACCUCCUCUGCAAAGGCGGUCAUGGAGGAGUAACAUUGCCAGUUUUUGACUUGCCACACAUAUUCUCUUUAGGUUUGUUUGGUGUGCCUCAUACUGUAAUUUGCAGUUAGUCGUGAAAUGCAGUGAAAAAUGCUGUAGGCUUUGGGAGAGGAAAAAAAACCAUUGUUAUGCCAUCACAUUUCAUGCAGCUGCUUUCUUUUGGAAGAAAGGAUAAUGGUGUGUCAAUAUUUACCUGGGAAGUGCUUUCGGUAGAUUCCAGGCAAACCUGCAGAAAUUGAUGCUGAAUUUCUAACACAAGGAAAGAAAUAAGUGCUUGACUUCAGACAAUUCUGAAUGAGUCCAGUGUAAAAUAAAAUGUUGUCAAAAGCUGUUAUGUACAGAGGGCAAACACUAAUGACUGUGUUAUAAUGGUCUUACAAAUUUUAUCUGAU